UGUAUCUUUGUUCAUGACUAGCGAUAAACAGGAGAAAUAUCGCGAACCGUUCUCAUUUUUCGUCAAGAACGUUUGCGUUACGAGUAGUUCGUUGCGCGUAACUGUGAUAAGACAUUGUGGUUUUGUUAAAUGAUUGUAAUUUAUAAUACUAGUUAUAAGUGUUGAUUCGUUAAUUCUGUUGUUUUGACUUAUUAAUGACUUUCGAACUUUAAUAUACAAUCAAGAAUAAUGGGUGUUGGCCUCAAACCAUUAGAGUUUACGGAUUGCUUAACCGAUAGCCCCUACUUUCGAGAAAAUCUUCAUUAUCAUGAACGUGAAUUGGAAAAGAACAGCCAACAGAUUAAACGGCUCGUCAAAGAGGUCAAAGAUCUUUUGCUAGCUGCCACAAAUUUGUCCAGAGCCCAAAGAGCAUUUUCUAAAACAUUGCAGAACUUUAGCUUUGAAUGUAUUGGGGAAACUCAAACUGAAGAUGAAAUUCACAUAUCACAGAGCCUAAAGGAAUUUGGUAAACUUAUUGCAUCUAUAGAGGAUGAAAGGGAUUGCAUGCUUUCACGUGCUUGUGAUCAAAUUAUACUCCCCCUGGAAAAUUUUAGGAAAGAACGUAUUGGAAACGUGAAGGACGGAAAAAAGAAGUUUGAAAAACAAACUAUUAAAUUUUGUCAAAGCCAAGAACGCUACCUAAAUCUGUCUACUAAAAAACAGGACAAUGUACUUCAAGAGGCCGACGCAACAUUGGAAAUGGCCGAAAGACAUUUUUGUCAAGCUAGUUUAGAAUACGUGUUCUUACUUCAAGAAGUACAAGAACGGAAAAAGUUUGAAUUCGUUGAAACUCUACUGGGCUUCAUGUUUGGUUGGUUGACGUUUUACCAUCAAGGUCAUGAGGUUGCAAAGGAUUUUAAACCUUACAUGACUGAGUUGCAAUUAAAAAUACAGAAGACUAGAGAAAAUUUCCUUGCUACCCGGGAUAAAACAGAAUCACUUAUGAAUAAAAUGAAGGAUAUGAAAAAGUCUGCUGUGGAAACUGGUGUCCACAAAAUAUGCACUCGUGAGGGAUAUCUAUUUUUAAUGGAAAAGAAAGCAUUUGGCACAACAUGGACGAAACAGUAUUGCACAUAUCAAAAGGAUAAAAAAGAAUUUACAAUGAUACCUUACAAUCAGCUUACAGGAAAAUUUAGUCGUAAAGAAAUUUUGACAUUGACAUCUUGUGUACGUCGUACGUCGAACACAAUUGAGAAACGGUUCUGCUUCGAUAUCACCACUGUUGAUAAGCCUAAUGUAAUAUAUACAUUCCAAGCACUUUCUGAAGAAGACAGGAAGUUAUGGUUGGAUGCCAUGGAUGGUAAAGAACCGAAUUACCCUAUAGUGGGUGUAUCAACAAAAUCCGAAGAAACUGUUUUGGAUGAAACAGGAUUUUUGUUUGUGUCAAAAUGUAUUGCAGCGCUUGAAGAAAGAGGUCUUGAGGAACAAGGUCUAUAUAGAGUCGUUGGUGUUGCAUCAAAAGUAAAUAAACUUCUGGCAAUGGGGUUAGAUAGAAGGAAAUUAGACAAGUUUAAUAUGGAUGAUCGUUUCGAAUGGGAAAGUAAAACUAUUACCAGUGCAUUGAAAACUUAUUUGAGGACAUUAUCUGAACCGUUAAUGACCUUCCGAUACUACAAUAGUUUUAUUUUAGCUGCGAAACAAGAAAUGAAAGAAGCACGUGUAAAUGAUAUUCACAACCUCGUUUACCGAUUACCAAAAGCAAAUUUCAAUAUGUUAAUUCUUCUUAUUAGACAUCUAUGUAGCGUGGCAAAGAAAAGUGAUAAGAAUUUAAUGACUAUUGGUAACUUAGCUGUAUGUUUCGGUCCGUCUUUACUACGGCCAGAAGAAGAAACGGUGGCUUCUAUAAUGGACAUAAAAUUUUAUAAUAUCGUAGUUGAAAUUUUAAUUGAAAAUUGCGAAAGAAUAAUUGCUGGCCCGUCGCAAGAUAUCAUGCGGUCGACACAAAUUACACAAAACACUGCUCCUUCUAAAUCACAACGUGUCACUAUAGAGGAUGAGUCAACAUCUUCUGGAAAUGGAACUUCAUUUGUAAGAUAUCCAAUGCACACAAACAUAUCUUCGCCACAUGCACAUCUCGUUACAAGAUCAUACUACGACGGUCCAUUAGCAGUUGUUACUAAGUCGUCUUCUGUUGAUGACCAAAAAAAUGGUGAUUUCGAAGAAACCGAACACACAAGCCAUAGAAUGCCAACAUAUUUAGAUAGUCGAAGUGGAAGAAAUGUUAAAUUGACAAAUCUUAUGUACCAUUCCGCAGAUAAAGUAUUAACGAGUGGUAACACGAGUAGUUCAAGCGAGUCAAUUGCAUCUGAGCCACACUUAUGUUUGUCCGACUUGCCGGUGAAACAAAAACGUGGUUCUGUGAUGACUGUACAUUACCCGUUAGGUUACGCUCAACGAAAUAAUCCAUCAGUAUCUGUAAUUAAUACAUUACCUAGUAGUGGACGUUCAAGUCCUGGGCAAGUACCUGGUAUUUGGAGAGUCCGGACUUUGUAUGCCUGUUUGGCAGAAAGCGAUGGUGAAUUAUCAUUUGAACCAAAUCAAAUUAUUACAAAUGUAAAGGCCUCUUUGGAGCCAGGAUGGUUAGAAGGUACACUUAAUGGCAAGACAGGACUGGUCCCAAAGAAUUAUGUUGAACAGUUACCUUGAAUUUGGAAAAAACCAAAGAGUGCCUAAAUUGUUUUUACAUUCCAUAAUUGUAGUUUUUUUUAGUACUAUUACCUACUGAAGCAUAUAUUCAUGAAUGCUACGAUGACGUACGCGGAACGCAAUUUAAACGUUUUUCUAUUUAAAUUCCUUUGGGUACAAUUUACAUAGUCAAUUAUAUAUACAUUCGUAUGUACGCCUUUUAUUUAUUAGGAGCCUCUUUGCUCAAGAAGGUCUAUAUUGUAUAUAAUCAAUUGUAGAAAAAUUUAUAUAUAUAUAUACGUAUAAAAGCAUAUAACGUUAAUAUAUUACACGAUAUUUAAAUAUAUUUGUACUGAAAGAUAUUGCUCCAGUAUGUAGUUUGUAGGAGAUCUCAUAGGCAAUAAUCAUUUGUUUAUAUUGCAAUAAUAUAUACUAUAUAAUAUAAGAAUGUGAUACGGAAUAAAU